UAUAAAUAAGUGGAAUUGAAAAAAUGACGCGUGUAGAAGGAACGUUCUCCCUGACGUUCUGAAUCACUCAAAUCAGUCUCUCUUCGCCAUGGAUCUUUCCUUCCACUCUGCUGCUUCGUCGUUACGAAUUUCAACUAUAGUUCCUCAUUGCAACACUUUACAUGUUCAGAAGAGACCCACCAAGCCAAUCUAUGAACUUACCAACAUUUCGUUGAGGAGCACCAGGAGUUCAUCUUCAGUUCGCUUAUCCCAUCGCAGGAACUGCACCUCAUCUGUUCCAGGAAGCCAUGCGUGGCGUUUCCGCAUCUGGGCUUCUACGCAAAUUGGAGCUGCUGGAUCUGAUCCUGUACAGAGUACAAUUUCUGAAUUCAAAGAUGCAUUCUGGAGAUUUCUAAGGCCUCAUACAAUUCGGGGUACUGCUCUUGGAUCUACUGCUCUGGUAGCAAGAGCGUUGAUUGAGCAUUCAAGCCUUAUAAGGUGGUCAUUGCUGUUCAAGGCAUUUUGUGGUCUUGUUGCACUUAUGUGCGGAAAUGGUUACAUUGUGGGCAUUAAUCAGAUCUAUGAUAUUGGAAUUGACAAGGUAAACAAGCCCUAUUUACCUAUAGCUGCAGGGGACCUAUCAGUUCAAUCAGCAUGGCUUUUGGUGUUAUGUUUUGCAGCUUCCGGACUUCUGAUCGUUGGAUUGAACUUUGGUCCAUUUAUUACUUCCCUGUACUGUCUUGGUCUUUUUCUUGGCAGUAUCUAUUCUGUUCCUCCAUUUAGGUUGAAGAGGUUUCCUGUUGCUGCAUUUCUUAUCAUUGCCACGGUACGGGGCUUUCUUCUUAACUUUGGGGUAUACUACGCUACAAGAGCUGCACUGGGACUUACAUUUGAGUGGAGCGCAGCUGUGGCUUUCAUCACAGCCUUUGUGACACUCUUUGCAUUGGUCAUUGCCAUAACAAAGGAUCUUCCAGAUGUAGAGGGUGACCGCAAAUUUCAAAUAUCAACCUUUGCAACAAAGCUUGGUGUUAAAAAUAUUGCAUUUCUUGGCUCUGGUCUUUUGCUGGUGAAUUAUCUCGGUGCUAUAUUGGCUGCAGUUUACAUGCCUCAGGCAUUCAAGCGCAAUUUAAUGAUUCCUAUUCAUAUCAUCUUAGCGUUGGGUUUGCUUUUCCAGGCAUGGUUAUUAGAUCAAGCAAAUUAUGCCAAGGAUGCAAUAUCAGGAUUCUAUCGAUUUAUUUGGAAUUUAUUCUAUGCUGAGUAUAUCAUUUUCCCUUUUAUAUAAACAAAUAGAAAGAGAGAGCAUAUUCCUAGCAAGAUGCAUUAUUUGUACAUAUGCAUGAUUUUUGUAAUGAUUUGGUUGUAUAGAUAAAUAAUAUUUGAAUUUUGGAAUGUUGCUCCAA